GGUCCGCGUCUAAUUGCACUAGAUUGCACUUGGCACAAGCGACUCUUGUAUCGAGCGCCCGCAGCUUUCUUCUUACGUCAAUAUGGUUCCGCCUCUUCCCAAAAUCACAGGCGAUGUCGACAUUAUUCUGGACGUUUACUCGCACGAGUCCCUCAAGAUGGGAGAUGAGCGGAAUAUCGAUUAUGGGGAUACUGGUCGUUUGAUUGAACUGGGGGAGAAGGCUAUCCAAAUGGCCCUCACGUUCCAUUUCUUCAACAAACGUCCGAUGUUGGAUGUAGAAGAGAUACAGGUGUGUGUGUACACAUUCAUUCUCUUUCGAUUGCCAAAUGAAUUCCGACUUGAGGCGAAAGCAUCGAUUGCCACAGUGCUCUCGGAUGAGAAUCUGCGGGAAUGGUUGACCGCCUAUAACAUCAAAUCGAAGUACAAAGCUGCUCCUAACACUGUUGAUAUCUUGAAUUCGCCUGAGGAAAUGCGCAAGUUCUUCAAGAGCUAUGCCGGCGCCCUCCAGCACCGAAAUGGAUUGAACCACGUAAUUUCUUGGAUCACCGCUCUCGUAGAUCCAGACGCUCAGCCCAAUAAUUUUGUCAAAGCCAUGUCUCCAUCGUCGGCCUCAGAGGACCAUGAUUCGCCUCUAGCACCCGAUAGUCCGGCGCCCCCGUUACCCAACAGUCCAGCCUCACAGACAGCUCCCAAAGCGGUAGAAGGGAACUUUUCUCUCCUCAUCUUUAACCAGACUGCCUCCCAAAAGGGAAUAAAAGUCACUUAUCCGGCUGUGCAACUUUCCGGUCCAUCUCAUCAGCCUCUGUGGAAAGUCACUUGUUGUUUGGACGGUGUCCCUCAGGGCGAGGGCACAGGUAGGAGCCAAAAGCAGGCCAAAGAAGAAGCAGGCAGACAAGCCUCUGCGAAACUAGGAUGGUGAUUCCAGCUGUC